UGUAUCAAGCAGGGAGGUACUUGCACGUGUGUUAGUGUGUGUUUUGGUUAGAAAAAAUGUCUCGAAAAUCUGGAACGGUACCUCUACAUGAGGCAUGCAAGCCUAAACUCAUAGCUCAAGUAGACCAGAAAAAGGGUGGUGUUAACACAGUAGUGAUGACUAAGUAAGUACAAAAGCUCCAUCUCUUAAUAAUACAUUCAUUCACCGACAUCACAAAGCUUCUUUUUGAAGACUUAGUACUGGUGAUUGGACUUGAGUGAUUUAAAAACCAUGUAUAUUUGCAGACGACAAGUCCGUCAGGGCGCUUCCUCCUCACUGCAACGUACAAUUUGGGACGCACUUGAUUCCUUAUCGCGAUAUUGCGUAACUUGAUGUCUGGAAUUGUACGUUGUGGAGUUGCCAACGGUUUUUACUAAUAACUAGCUAAAAAAUCAGAGCGAAUCGUUGAAAUGAUCCAAGGCGUCGUGCGUAUAUACAUGGUUUGAUCAUAGUGUUGUUUGAUUACAUUUUGUAAGUUUUGUAAGAUUAUUGGCAUAUACCGGAGCUGCUAGAAGUGCUUCUACCGCACCUGUUGCGAUGUGGUUGUGCUGGGGAGCUACGGAAUUAGAAGGACGAUCAACGGUACAAUUACCUAUAUUUCUUAAGUUUUAAAGUACGAUUUGUACAGAAAGUAUUGUAGACUUGCAAAUUCAAGUUUUAUUCCUUCCUUCAGUUCUUGAACUUAUAAAUGUGAAAAAAAUGAAGUGACUGUGCCUUCGGCCAAUGGCUCGACAGUACCUUUGGUUAACGCAGCACGUGGGGAUGAGGAGUUGGGGGAUUACGACCCAUUUGCCCACCGCAAACUCGACCACCCAACAUCUGACUUGGACACUCUCAUUCAUUUGCUGAAAGGGAGCUUGGGCAGUGGGAUUCUGGCAAUGCCCAUGGCUUUCGCCAAUGCUGGUCUCUUCUUUGGAUUGUUUUGCACGUUUGCAAUCGGCAGCAUCUGUACGUACUGCGUGCACAUAUUGGUAAAAAGCGCUCAUGCCUUGUGUAGAAGAAACCGAGUUCCGUCUCUAGGCUACGCAGAAGUGGCCGAAGCUGCGUUCCUCGCUGGCCCGCAAUCGAUUCGUCCGUGGGCCAAGUUUGCCAAAGCAAUGAUCAAUCUGUUCCUUGUAAUAGACCUCCUGGGCUGUUGCUGUGUGUACAUCAUGUUUGUUGCCGAGAAUAUUAAGCAAGUUGUUGACAAUUACACGCCGAAGGACACUCAUCAAGACAUUAAGAUUUACAUGGCCGCCCUCCUACCCCUCCUUAUCCUAAUCAAUUUGAUAAGGAAUCUGAAAUACUUGUCGCCACUAUCUAUGAUUGCCAACAUCCUGGUCGCCUCUGGAAUGGGCAUAACCUACUACUAUCUCAUUAACGAGAUGCCCUCUCUUGACGAGAGGCCCAAAAUUGUCGAAUUCACAAAACUACCAAAGUUCUUUGGUACCGUUAUCUUUGCCUUGGAAGGCAUUGGCGUGGUAAUGCCUCUCGAAAACAACAUGAAGACACCAACUCACUUUAUCGGAUGUCCUGGUGUUUUAAACAUUGGAAUGUUUGUGGUCGUUCUUUUGUACGCCACGACCGGUUUCCUGGGUUAUCUCAAAUACGGCACGCACACACAACCCAGCAUAACGCUAAAUCUUCCAGAAACUGAACCAUUGGGACAGUCCGUGAAACUGAUGAUCGCAGUUGCGGUUUUCUUCACGUAUGCUUUGCAGUUCUAUGUCCCCAUGGAGAUCAUCUGGAAGAGUUUGAAGGGUUUGUUCAACAAGCGGCCCAACCUCUCAGAAUACAGCAUUCGAAUUAGUUUAGUUAUUUUGACCGCGGUCAUUGCCAUUCUCGUUCCUGAUCUUGAGGGUCUGAUUUCGCUAGUCGGAGCGUUGUGUCUUUCAAUGUUAGGGUUGAUCUUCCCGGCUGUUAUCGAUUUAGUCACCUUCUGGGAAGACCCAGGCUUUGGGAGGCUAAAUUGGCGGCUGUGGAAGAACGUUUUGUUGAUUUUCUUCGGGUUUGUGGGCUUUGCCACCGGGACUUAUGUCAGCAUACAAGGGAUCAUUGAGAGAGCUAAUAGUUCAUAAUUUCGGCGGUUUUCUAUCGUCUCUAGUGCACAGGACCUUGCCCGUUAAAUUACUGUCUAAAUCUAAAACGUAACUAGCCUCGAGUUAGGCCUUGCAAGGUUUCGAAGUAGUGACCGGCUGGAACCCGGUAGUUAGACAACAACGAUUUGGAUUCUGGUUUAGAUUAGUUCUGAUCCAAGCACCAAAGGGGACGUGUAGAAAACGCUUUAUUUUUAGUGUUUAAAAGUAGACUGCAAGUACAAUCUGUGAUUGCUAUAAUCUUACUAUCUUGUUUCAUGACCCUUGCAUUGAUUCCUUUAUUUUGGUUUAAUUUUUUUGUAUAGUGAGACAUUCUACAUUCAUUCAGUUAUUUAUAUGUACCAUUGUGAUUUUUUUAGGUAUAAGUUACUAACACUUUAAACUGGAAGUUUUGUUGGUGUUCAUUAACACUUGUUUUGACUUUCCAAGAACCAAAAAUUUUUACGUGAACACCGGCAAUAUGCAGUUUUCUUUAACAAACGCAGUAUUUAGUUCCAAAGGAACUGUGACUUGAUGGUGCCUUAUGAAAUUUUUAUCUGGUUUUUUCCAGACACAGGAACAUUGUUGAUAACGUAAUUUGUUGGGAAAUUGAUUUACUUUAGAUAUAAUUUUAUGUUCCUUAUAUUUAUACACAUAGACGAGGAAAAAUUGAAACGUUUCAUAUUCGAAAUUUAAGUAAAUUAUUAAUUUCAAGUCAAAUAAAUUUAUGUAUUUUUCUAUCAUCGUUGCCAACACUGUUAAACAGAUUCAAGCCGUACUAUUGACGCAAUCUAGCAACAGCUUAAUACAUAAAUUUAAGUGAAAACUCGAAUUAAGUCAGAAGUUCCCUAUUAAUUUUAAUAUCUUGAUAUUGAUGAGUAACAUAUUUAAAAUAAAAUAUGGUUUUUGAUUAAAA